AUGAUGUCUGACCUUUUCGGAGCCGAGGGACUGGAGCGUCAUUGGGUGCCGGCCGUACUCGCCCCCCUCGUCGAAGUGUUCGGUGUCGAGGUCGAGAAGGCUGCCCCUCAGUCUACAGUAUACCAAGAUAACCUCUACCAUCCGGAAAUCCUCGUCUGCCCCAGCUGCCAUCACUCGGGGAAUAUGACAAAAAUCGAGCACGAGCUCGAACUGCUGUCAAACCAGGUGAAGGAGCUGUACAACAUCAAGGACAACUUGGAGGAGCGAUUAGGCGCUUGGAAUCCGGAAUUGGUGUACUUUAGUACUUACUUACUUGUUGAGGGCAAGCUCGCUCCAAAAAAGGCCCAGCUAACACCAUUGUUCAGGAGCCCUCGCGCCGUCUGUCUCUGGACGGAAACAGCGCCGGCUGGUGGUGGAUUGUUGGCUUGCGCGAGUUUUUCGGAUUCCAGCCUCGCCGUAUCUGGCUGCGACGGUCUCAUCGCACACCUCCGACUUCUCGGUCGUGGUGGCCGACCUUUGCUUCACUGCGUCUCCUAUCAAACGCGACGCUACGGUCCUCAAACUUCGCAUACAACAGACUCC